AUGGGUAAAGCAAUUGAUUUCUUAAUUCAUCCACUAGAAUUAAAAGCAGCAUUCCAAUUGAAAUAUAUUAGGAACCCCCUAUUCUAUAUCGAUUCCACAGCAUCACCUAACGAGAAGGAAUGUUAUAAAUUGUUAAACUUGACAUCUCGUUCAUUUGCCGCUGUUAUUAUGGAAUUACAUCCUGAAUUACGCAACGUUAUCAUGGUCUUUUAUUUGAUCUUGAGAGCAUUGGAUACUAUGGAAGAUGAUAUGUCCAUUGAUACUAAAUUGAAAGUGGAAUUAUUAAGGGAUUUCCACGAGAAAUUGGAUUUAAAAGAAUGGAGUUUCAAUGGAAAUAGCCCAGAUGAAAAGGAUAGAGCUGUAUUAGUGAAAUUUGAUUGUAUCUUACAUGAAUUCCAUAAAUUAUCUAAGAAAUAUAGAGACGUUAUUCAAGAUAUUACGAAGCAAAUGGGGAAUGGAAUGGCUGAUUAUAUUUUGGAUGAAAAUUUCAAUUUGAAUGGUGUCGAAACUAUAGCUGAUUAUGAUAAAUAUUGUCAUUAUGUUGCAGGUUUAGUUGGUGAUGGGUUAACGAGAUUAAUUAUUUUAGCUCAAUUUGCCCCAAUGUCAUUGUAUGAUUUGGAGAAGGAUAAAGAAUUACCAUCAUAUGAAAGUAUGGGAUUAUUUCUACAAAAAACUAAUAUCAUUAGAGAUUAUGCUGAGGAUUUACAUGAUGGUAGGUCGUUUUGGCCGCAGGAAAUUUGGUCAUUGUAUGCUGAUAAGUUAACUGAUUUCCAACAAACAGGAAAUGAACAAAAAGGAUUGGAGUGUAUUAACCAUCUUGUUUAUAAUGCAUUAAGUCAUGUGGAUGCUGUUUUAAAUUAUUUAAGUUCUAUUCAUGAACAAUCCACAUUCCAAUUCUGUGCAAUUCCUCAAGUUAUGGCAAUUGCUACUUUAGCAAAAGUCUUCAAUAAUCCUACUGUUUUACAUAAGAAUGUUAAGAUUAGAAAGGGUACUACAUGCUAUUUGAUUUUAAAAUCAAGAACUUUAAAAGGAUGUGUAGAAAUAUUUGAAUAUUAUCUACGUGAUAUUAGAAAGAGAUUACCAGUCGAAGAUCCAAAUUAUUUGAAGAUUAAUAUUGAAGUGGCUAGGAUUGACCAAUUAAUUGAAGAAAUGUAUCCUGAUAAUAAUUUACCACCAAAUGUCAAACCAAGAGAAACUGAACUAUAUUUGAAAGUGAAAGAAAGGACUAAAUUUGAUAAAGAAGUUAUUCCAAUUCAGCAAGAUGAGGAUUUACGAAUCAACGUAUACCUGACUUUUAUUUUUGCGAUAACCUUCUCAAUUUUAAUUCAAUUCCUUUAG